UAACGUGAUCUAUGCUUGUCAAAUAAACGCAAACUGAACGAUCCCUCCCCCGAUGAGUGCUACUUGUACACGGUAGUAAGGCCACAGUUUCCGUAUGUUACUUCAUAUCUCUGAAUUAUAAUAGCAACCCGUGUUUCUGGAGUUUUUUCGAAAUUUGGUCAGAGUGAAGUAAAGAGAAUGGAGGACAGAAGUUUAUUGCAGAAUAUUCGCAGACCUCCCAAACUCAGCACACCUGUUUUAAUAAUCUCCAAACUCAUUGUGACCGCCCUGCCCAUUGCACAGGUAUCAAUUGGUGCAAUAUAUCUGCAUGACUGUCCAAAGCAGCCCUAUAUCCCCAUCUAUCUGCUAGUGUCAGGUGUGUUUGCACUAGUGCUAGGCCUGUUGUCCUGCCUGCCAUGCACUCAGGAGCCAGAAGAUGGCACCCAGUCUCCUCUGAGCAGUCUCUGCACCGCCUGGAAUUCACUGGUGUCUCUCUUUCUCUUCUGCUGGUUUAUCGCUGGUAAUGUUUGGAUCUACUCUAUUUACCAGCCUAGUUACAACACUGGGACCGAUUAUUGCAAUAAGACAUUGUACCUUUUUGCUUUCUGGACCACCACAUUGGUCUAUAUAUUGCUGGGCAUCACCUUCCUGGGGGGAUGCUGUAUGUUAUUCUGCUUGUGUUUGUGUGGAAGGAGUGGAAAUGUGGAUGACGUAUGAUUGACAAGGCCAGCAGUCACUGAUGUUACUAAUAAUAACACUGUUGGGCACUUUUGUAGUUUCAGGCCUGCUUAUUCUUCCUUUUGCCCUUAUUUGAUGUAGUGCCACUUACUAGGUGUGUUAUGAGCUUUUGCACCAUUGAUGAGUGGCGUUACGUUGUUAAGUAACUCUAUAAGUUCCUGUGUGUAAAUGUAUCUGUAUAUGUAUCUGUAUUGUUGAUCAACCGAGUCAGAUGUCAGUUUAUUGACUGGACUAGUUUAAUUUCUUUAUAAUGGCAUGUGUCAGAUUUUGCCUUUGAGAAUGUUGUGCAAUGUGAAAAGACAAAAAAUAUAAAUAAAUUGAAAUUAUAUAUAUA